GCGGCUAGAGGGACAGAGUAAGAACAAUUCACAGAGAAAUGCUCAUUAUCUCCCUUCGGAGAUGUUUCUGAAAUUAAAGGGCUGUGGGUGGAGGCACCCAGAUCAAGGGAGACCCCCCUCCCCCCAGGAAGCCAGCCUGAGAAUGCCCAGGUCUCUCGCCACUCCCGAAGGAGGGAGCUUCGCUCUGCAGGGAGACAGUUUUGUGGUUUUUUAAUGCGGUAGGUUACAGCGUGUUGGUUUCUGUGCGAUAUUGCAUCUAUUACUUGUGUUUUAUGGGUAUGGGCGUGUGGAUUUCGGUGGAGAAAAUUGCCGUGUGUGUCUGAAGUGGAAACAUUUCAAACUUUUCUGGAUCCAAAGGUGUUGAUUGUCGAGAAGCUCUUGAGUAUGUUGUUGUGUUUUAAGCUUGUAAACAAAAACAAAAACAAAAAAGAGAGGGACAGAGGGAGAGAAGAAAAGAAAAAGAGAACCCAAUUAGGGAACCUGAUGGUGUCCGGACUGGAAAGCUGCCUGGCUCUGAGCUCAGACAGCUAGUCCUGUCCCUCCGGCGCCUGAUUUCAUUCUCCAGCCAGGCCUCCUGGGGGUGAGGAGGGGGGAGAAGGACUUUGGGCGGAAGACCGAAAUUCCUAAAGGUUGCUGGUGGGGUGGAAGAAGGGGAAAGCCGGUCAGAACCUAAAAACAGAGUGAGAAGGCUUCUGGGGAAGCUGCCAGGGGAGAGAUAAGCGGCUUUGGGCGGGGAGGGCAGCAGAGACUGAUUUAGUUUGGUUUGCACAAAUAGGUGAUUGCUUUUCUCUUUUUAAAGACCAAAUGUGAGCGUUCAGCCUCGGGCCUCUCGUUGCCCAGGGAUUGCAGGGGAUGGGGGUGGGUAGGGGGAUAUUAGCCCUCUCAAGCUUGGGCUGGGAAGAGAGGGAUGCAGGCCACUUGUGGCGCGGGAAAGGGGGCCCUGCACGCGCAGGUCAGGUUGAUGCCCAGCAAGCAGGCCGGGACUGGGUGCCUGCAGGGACCCCUGGGCUGCGCCGCGAGAGAAGUUCUCGGCCAGCACCCACGGCACUCGGGGCCUAUUCUCAAAGGAAAAAUUCCCCAAACCCAUCCAGACUAAAGGUCUUUUUCUCCUGUAGUCUUGGCGGGUUAUAAAUCAUCCCUUAGACAGUUUGCUCUGACCCAAAUUAUGCGGUUUGCUGCCAUCUACCGUCCGUUCGGAGACAUGCGGCUUCGGCGCCGCAAGCCCGGCGACACCGCCUGAACCGUGCACGACGCCUGGAGCCCCUGCUGCUCAGGUUCGGCGGGUUUCGGGGGACUUCGUCCCAGAUUGUCGCUUUCCGCUGGAUCUUGGUACCCGCUCGUCCGCGUGUGGAUUAGAGAACAAGUGUGCCCUCCCCCUCGCCCGCCCCAUUCCCAGCUCCAAACCCAGAGGCUGGCUGGGAAAGCGGCUUUUUCUAGGUCAUAUUUAAAAAGGACUUAUACUGCAUCCCGCGGGCAGGGGGCCCUGAACCAAAGGGUUAGGGGAUCGGAGUCGCGAGCCCUUACCCGCCUACCCCUCCAGGGCUCGAGAUGGGAUCAUACGGGCCGCUCAGGAGAUGCGAGGCCAAGGCUGUUCAAGGUUUAUUUGGUUUUCUUUUCGGCCAAGGGAGGGGGCCAGCAGGGGAGGCGCCGGCCCCCGCAGUUCCACUCGGCUGUCAAAAGACAAACCCGGGUCUGUGUUCUCCGGGUUGGCUGGUGGGUCUUGCCAGUUGCUUGGCCCGGUGAGUCCGUGGUGAAGGAAUUGAGCCGAAAUUUUCUGGAAACUGUUGGUGUCUGCAAGUGAGUGUGGGUCCCCUCCCCCAUUCUCGAUCGUUUCAAGCGAAAUCGACACACAUACGCUUUGGGGGAAAACUGGGAGUGGGAGUGGGGAUCGAUCCCUUAAGGAACCAAACCAUUGUGAUUUCCGUUCCUCCCGGACCCCUCACACCCGCUUUACCCGAUCGCUUUCCCAGAAGGGGGUGGCGAGAGCAGGGGUACGCGCCUCGGCUGCGGCGUUUGAAUAUUGGCCCCUGUCUCUCGGGUUACUGAUUAGCUCGGGCUUUCAAGCCGCAGGAGGAAGCUCUGGCCGCUCCUUUCAAGGUGCUGUGGCCCCAGUUCCUGGGCCGGGGCUCCAGGAAAUUGCCUGCGGUGCCAGGCAGGCCGAGGUGUUUCUAGGGUCUGGCCCAGAGCUGGAGGAGCUGCUGAGGUCGAGGGGGCCCAGCCAUGCUGGGGGGCAAACCCAGCGGCUCUGGUCCCCGCAUCUAUGGCACCUCAAGAGUCUGGACCACAGGAGCUGCGCUUUCAGCUUUCCUGCAGCAAGAGUGACCUUCAGCGGCCAGAAGGCCAGGCCCAGUGCGGAGGCCCCCAGGGAGCCGCUGGAUGCUGGAAAGUCUUGGGGCCCGAUUUCUUGUGGGCAAUCGGAAGGACAGGUAGGGAGGGAAGGCGGCUGGUACAGGGGGUUGAAACUUUGGCUCUUAGGGUGCCAGAGGACCUGGCUAGGGAGAAGGGGGAGGGAGCCCAGCACCACUGCCAAUCCCACCCCCCCCAUGAUCACAGACGACCAUGUUCAUUUGCAUAAUGGAAAUGAGGUCUUUGUACCGCGGGUCGGACGGGCCAAUUUUAAGGCAAUAUCCCCUGUAAAUAGCCCCCAAAGGUCGAGAACUCCCUCUGGGAACAUUUAUGUUCCCCAAAUUUGGAGAAUCACACAGUCUAGGGGAAGAAUUGGGUUGAGAUGUCUUAAUUUGCUCCACCUCAGCCGGAGUUGGGAGUGGGUUGGGGCAAGAUGCUCACAACCCAAUGAGCUGGAGUUGGGGGGAGCUUUGUAGCUGAGAGGAAAUGGGAAGCCUGGACAGUGUCUCAGUCCCCCCUCUCCUCCAUACACAUCCAGGCGAAAACCCCUCCCUGAGGUUACCGGUACAGGAGAAUAUUACUCACGAGCUGAACACAACUUGGACAUUUCCCUGGGAGAUGAAAAUGCGUGCAUGUCCACGGGAGCUCAGAUUCACAGCACAGAAAAUUACAAUUAUAAAUUCUGCCUGUGGGGUUUCUGUACAGUCUUUCUGUUGUGUACUCAAGACUUGGUACACAUUUAUAUCCACCUCUCUAGAUACACACUUCCUCAGUGAGGCUGGGGGAGACACCCCAGACUGGCAGACAGCUGUGCCUGCUGGGUAUUUACAUAUUCCUCCUUGGAGACAGACAGACAGAUGGUGGUGGUGGACCGAACCACAGACAAAUUCGUAGAGAUCUGGCUACAGAAACCAGGCGGCCUCUGGCCAGGCCCUGCCCGUCUGCUCUUUCUCCCAAACAAACGGAUCAGACGAAUAAACGCUCAUAAAUACCUCUGGGCUUAGAUAAGAGCGAUGAGGCGCUAUUUCCUUUCAUGCCGGACUCCAGGCGCCCAGGCCCUGCCUUUGCGGCUCCAUCUCACAACAGGCAACCUGCAGAGGUGACGUUAAUUUGGGGCUGUGACUCAAGGAUAAGGCAGUCAUUUUCAUGCUUCUAUCACAGGGAAGUCUCCCUCCCUUAUGGCAUCCUACUUGGUCCAGACUCUACAGUAUGCUGUAUGGUCCAGGCUAUAGUAUGCCCACACCGUCCAGUUCUAGGAAGGGGACAUUGUGACCAGGGAGGAGGCAGGAUGGAUGUGGUCCAAGGCCCAGCCUCAGUGGCAGGGAGGAGGGAGGUGCACACAGGCACUCUGCUGACCUUGCUCCCCCAGACCAAAUGUUCCCUAUUCCUCUCUAGGAGUGGGCCCAAUCACAGCUCGACUGGGGCACUUACGGUCUUCAUCAUGAGGAGGCUUGAGUUUUCUUAAAUCUUCAUAAAACCCCCCUAUAGAGUUUGGCUAGGAAGUGGUUGGUGGGACAUGCAGGGAUCACCACUCGGCCAUGAAGGUAGAGCCUAGAGGUUGUCCUGAGUUCAGGGAGCCUUGUAGGCCACUUUGCAACCAACCACGUUCCUCCCCUUGGUCACCGACCUCAGCCCUCUACCACUUGCCCGAGUGCCUGGAGGCAUCUGCAGGGCACAACCCUGGCCCACAGAAAGGAGCCCAAAGAACAAGGCAGUGGAGAGCCAGCCUGGCCCCUUUAUCAUCAGAUUUUGCCACACAUCCUGGCUCAUUCCUGAACCCAGUUCUGAAGGUUAUCACCCGUGACUGCCUGGCCUCCACGUGCAUAGUUAAAAUGUUGAAAACACAUUGUGGUUCAGUCUUCCAGCCUGGCUUCAGUGCUCAUUUUCCUUAGAUGGGAGAGAGAGAGAGAGAGAUGAGCGGAGAUGAGCCCUCUUUCUCACACCCAAGGUUGUGCAGCAGCGAAGCUGGUGAUACAAAUAUGAGAUGUGGGAGGGACUGGAGAAAUGCUGCGAGACAGACAGAAGGGUGGUGAGCAUCUGGAGAGGAGAUUCGGGCUGAUAGUUGUAAGCUGUCUGCUGGGUCCCCAGGAGGAUCCGAACACCUCUCCCUCCUUAGACAACUAAACCCAAACCAAGUCUUGGGAAAGAAUUAAUUUUAAAAAGAACUGCCAGCUUCUGGAGAGACCUGGAAAAGGAGCAAGGGCCCCUCUCUUUCUGGUUGUCUUUGAUUGACUCAAAUAUCAGGAGGUUUUUUGAGGACCCAGAAUUGGAGGAGGAAUAAUUUCUUCCUUGUGCCCAGACGUACUGAGACAUCUUUGAUUCCUAUGAAUCUGUAGCCCAGGAUAUUCUAAUAAUUUGGGAGGAAGAUGGGGGGGAUGGAGUGAGGGUGGUGGGCAGGAUAGGGAUCAGACAACCUAGGUUGGGGGAUGUCCCUCACUCCUCCUCUCCCUCUGCCUCAAUCGAAGAGAAGGCGAGUCCCUUUCCAGCUCCCCUUCCCGUGCCAGAGCAAGCAGCCCUUGCCCCAGCCAGGCAGGAUGUCUUAGGCGACAGAGGCAGCAGCAGUAGCCUUCCGAGAAGCUUCUAGUCUAGCCUAACCUGGCCACAGAGCCCGAGGGGGAAGCUUGGGCUCAGACCCUCCUGCCACUUCACAGCCUUCUGGGUCCUCUGGGCAGCAGGCUCUGGCCUGCCUUUCAGACCAUAAGAGCUGAGAAGAAGCAGGAAUAAUAAACCCAGGCUUGGAGGAGGCAGGGUGGACCCGAGAAUUAGGAAAAACAGUUUUCAAAACCUGGGGAGGGGAGUGUUUCUUCUUCGCCUCUCCUGAAAACGAUGUUAAAUAGUGAGCUCUUCUCCUCGUCUACCAACACAAAACCCUAGAAACAAACCUUUUCCUUUCGUGCGCUCCUCACCACAUGGAAAGGGACAUUUAGGCACCCUUCCCUUGAGGGAACGGGGCUCAAGCAACGCAGGGGUUAACUUUUCUGAAAACACAAUUAACUUUUUCCUAUCCUGCGUGGGGAGGGGAGGGAUAUAUUUAUUUAAUCACUGGGGGAUGGGGUGGUCUCAAUCCAAAUGCUCCCUCCUCCCUCAAAGGCACAGACGCCUCUUUCGCAGAUCCUACGUAGGUGGAACAGGACGCGUUGUGUUGUCGGGGGGGAGAGAGAGAGAGAGAAAGGAGAAGGAGAAGAAGGAGGAAAAAAAAAAGGUUGAUAGGUUUGUGCGCGGGUCCCUCGCGCGGGCUGCGCUCCUCCUGGGUGCUAUUUGACAAUUCCUGCCUCUGCCAUUGGUCAGUGUUGGAUCAGAUGGUUGUAUUUCCUUCUGGCCCUCACUGGCACCUCGCCAUCCCCCCUCAGCUAAAACCCAAUCUCAGAUAUACUACUAAUAGGCGCGGCGCUCGGACUAUAAAACACAACAAAUCAUAAACCCGGCGGAACAGCAGCGGCCGAGCGCGCCUCCCCUCCCAAUGAGUUCCUAUUUCGUGAACUCCACCUUCCCCGUCACUCUGGCCAGCGGGCAGGAGUCCUUCCUGGGCCAGCUGCCGCUCUACUCGUCGGGCUAUGCGGACCCGCUGAGGCACUACCCCGCGCCCUACGGGCCCGGGCCCGGCCAGGACAAGGGCUUCGCCGCUUCCUCCUAUUACCCGCCUGCCGGCGGCGGCUACGGCCGAGCGGCGCCCUGCGACUACGGGCCGGCGCCGGCCUUCUACCGCGAGAAGGAGUCGGCCUGCGCGCUCUCGGGCGCGGAAGAGCCGCCCCGGUUCCACCCCGAGCCGCGGAAGUCCGACUGUGCGCAGGACAAGAGCGUGUUCGGCGAGGCCGAAGAGCAGAAGUGCUCCACUCCCGUCUACCCGUGGAUGCAGCGGAUGAAUUCGUGCAACAGUUCCUCUUUUGGGCCCAGUGGCCGGCGCGGCCGCCAGACCUACACGCGCUACCAGACGCUGGAGCUGGAGAAGGAGUUUCACUACAACCGCUACCUGACGCGGCGGCGGCGCAUCGAGAUCGCGCACGCCCUGUGCCUGACCGAGCGGCAGAUCAAGAUCUGGUUCCAGAACCGGCGCAUGAAGUGGAAAAAGGAGAGCAAACUGCUCAGCGCCUCUCAGCUCAGUGCCGAGGAGGAGGAAGAAAAGCCAGCCGAGUGAAGGCGCUGGAAAGGGAGGGGGGACGCGAAGGGAGCGGCCUGUGGGGAGCCGAGGGCAUCGGAGAGCCCCGAGAAGGCUCUGCGGGCGGGGGGGCCGGGGGACCUGCUCUCUAGCACGCGACAGGCGGGGCCCAGAGCUCUCCUGGACGCCCCCGCCCGCAGAGCUCUCACUGGGUGCUGGGAGGCCUUGCCGCCUGAGCCCACCCAGCACCCCGAGCGCCCCCUCCAUCCCUGCGGGAACCCGCUUCAGCCCCAUCAGGCUCCCCCGUGAGAACUGAGGACCGGACUCACUUGAUGUUUCCUGGAAGCAGAGCAAAAUGCUCUUGUCCGUGUCGCGUCUCAUUUCGUCCAUGUCCCCCGUGCACGGUUCAAUGGUAGAUUCGCAGUCCCCUCAGCGGGGGGCCUCGAAGACUCCCUGACCCCAGACCUCUCUCCCACCCCCUCCCUAAAGCCACUGGAAGGAGCACAUACUACCUAGAAGUAAGAAGAGGAGCCUCAGAAGAAAACAAAGUUCUAUUUUAUUAAUUUUCUAUGUGUUGUGUUUGUAGUCUUGUCUUAGCUCUGGACGUGAAAUACUUCGGUAAUAAUAUUAAUAUUAAUAAUGAUGAUAAUAAUAAUAAUAAAGACGUAAAAACUCGC